AUCUCACCGGGACAAAGUUGUAUUUUUCCCUCUCUCAUGGUGUCUAUCACCCUGUCCUGCCUUCCCAGGUCUCCAUCAUUUCCUAGAAAAAAGAAGGAGAAAAUGACCAAAUUGCAGGAGAUGGUGACGUUCAGGGACGUGGCCGUGGUCUUCAGCGAGGAGGAGCUGGGGCUGCUGGACGCUGCCCAGAGGAAGCUGUACCACGAUGUGAUGCUGGAGAACUUCAGGAUGCUGCUCUCAGUGGCACACCGGCCCUUCAAACCGGGUCUGAUAGCCCAGCUGGAGAACGAAGAGAAGCUUUGGAUGGGGGAGGCGGGAGCCCAAGCGGGUGAUCUCUCAGGAAGAAGGAGUGGACAUGCUGGAGAGAACGCAGAAGACAUGGAAUUAAACUCUUGUCCCAAGGAGCUCUCCUGUCAGCCCUGGCCAUGGGGUGCAAGCACAUUACCCAGGGGUGGAGAGUUUAUAAAAAGAUGCCAAGGGGGUAACAGUGAACCUCAGAGCCGAGGAGGUCCCUGCCUGGUGUGGGUCCCCAUUCAGAUUUCUGAAGACGGGAAUUACGUGUUGCCUCCUGUACACAAAGACUCUGCUUCCAGGAAAAGUCAGGAGUUUCCUUCUCUGAGAUCCCAGCAGACUUGGGGGGAACCAUAUCUCAGCAGGGCAUAUAAUUGCCAGUGGAAAGGUCAGCAAACAUGCAUAAGAAGUCACUUCUGUAGGUGUGACAGUGUCGGCUGGUCCUCCUACCACAGUGACAGUGAGGGGCCACAGGGCAAAGGAAAAAGCUAUAGUUUCCGUGACCACAGAGGAGAAACCCUGAAGGUAUCAUUACUUAAUCAGGACUUGAUUGAAUUAGGGCCAGAGCCCUCCCCAUGUCCCAAGAAUAGAAAAGCCUGGGGCCAUGAUGACAAUGACAAUGACCACAACUUUCACACACAUCAGCAGGGUCACUCAAGAGGGAAGCCCCGUACACGAGGUCUGUAUGGAGAGGGCUGUGGUGAUAGCUCAGCUCUUCAUGGUCGCCCAGGUCCAGAGACAGGAGACGAAGGUGCUUCUGGGAGCCCACCUCCGCAGUCCCCUCCAAGAGCACGUAUGGAACAAGUGCUGCUCAACUGCAGUAAGAAUGUCCACCGCGGUUCCCCUCUUACCACGUGUGAGCGUGCCAACCCAGGCAACUCCUCCCAGAAAUGCAGCAUCCCCGAGCAAGCCGUGGGUAGUAGUUUCCACCACAAUAGUCCUUUUAGGGCCCAUCCUAGGGAAGAAGCCAAUAAUUAUGAGGAGAAUCGGAAUGUUUUAAAUCAGAGUUUAUCUCUUCAAGUUAAUCGGAAAGUCGGUCCCGAAGAGAAAUUUUGUCAAGAUGUGGAGUGUAGAAAAGAUUUCACACACUGCUCAAAUCCAGAUGUUCCGCACAGAGUCCAUGUGGAAGAGACUCUCUGUAACCCCGAUUGUGAUAACCACUUCAGUCUGCCCCCACAUUUUCAGGACUUUCCAGCAGUGCACCCCAGGGGACAACCACACAACUGUAGGUGCCGUACCGGCUUCAGUCAGGCGUUGUGCCUUCAAGGCCAGCAGAAACUUCACAUUCAAGGAAAGCCUUUUCACAAAGAGGGCAGAGGUGGCUGUAACUGGAGCUCCACCCCCAAGGAUCAUCAGAAACAGAAGGUGCAUAAAUGCAACGCCUGUGGGGAGGGCUUCAGUCACAGAUCGGUUCUUAACGUUCAUCAGAGAGUCCACACCGGAGAGAAACCGUACAAGUGUGAAGAGUGUGAGAAGGGCUUCAGCCGGCGUGCCUACCUGCAAGGCCACCAGAGAGUCCACACCGGAGAGAAACCGUACAAGUGUGAGGAGUGUGGGAAGGGCUUCAGCCGGCGUUCACACCUGCAAGGCCACCAGAGAGUUCACACCGGAGAGAAACCGUACACGUGCGAGGAAUGUGGGAAGGGCUUCAGCUGGAGCUUUAAUCUCCAAAUCCACCAGCGGGUCCACACUGGAGAGAAGCCCUAUAAAUGUGGAGAGUGUGGCAAAGGCUUCAGUAAGGCCUCCACUCUCCUGGCCCACGAGCGAGUCCACACAGGGGAGAAACCUUACCAGUGUGAUGAGUGUGGCAAGAACUUUAGUCAGAAAUCCUACCUUCAAAGCCAUCAGAGUGUCCACUCUGGAGAGAGACCAUAUAUAUGUGAGGUGUGUGGGAAGGGCUUCAGUCAGAGAGCGUAUCUACAAGGUCACCAGAGAGUCCACACUCGAGUGAAACCAUAUACAUGCGAGGUGUGUGGGAAGGGCUUCAGUCAGGGUUCACGCCUCGAGGCCCACCGGAGGGUCCACACAGGGGGGAAACCGUACAAAUGUGAGACAUGCGCAAAGGGAUUCAGUGAGAGUUCCCGCCUCCAGGCACAUCAGAGGAUCCAUGCAGAAGGAAGACCCUACAGAUGUGACCGGUGCGGUAAGGGCUUCAGCGGCUAUUCCAGUCUCCAAGCCCAUCACCGAGUCCACACUGGGGAGAAGCCAUACAAAUGCGAGGUGUGUGGGAAGGGCUUCAGUCAGAGGUCAAAUCUCCAAGCUCAUCAGCGCGUGCACACAGGAGAGAAACCUUACACGUGUGACGCGUGUGGGAAGGGCUUCCGGUGGAGCUCCGGCCUUCUGAUCCAUCAGAGGGCCCAUAGCAAUGAGAAGUUCUGUAGGACUCGGGAGUAUGGGAACAGUUAUCCGCUCGAGAACCUAUGCGGAAACGGAGGCCUGUAAAACGCCGUUCUGUUUUGUUAAUGGAGACAUACCAUAAUGUUUGUCCCCACCAUGAACACCGACGGUGGAUGGGAAGGACACGGCAUAGAGCUCUAACGAAAGGGCUGUACCGAGAGUUUUCGAAACCUCAGCAAGCUACGGUGGGGAACCAACAACUUCCCAACGCCACACACAUCAGCGGGGAUUAACAAAAGAGUGAUAUCCACGUCCGCUAGAACAUACAUUUGGUGAGAGCGGCGCCCGUCCGCUGCCAAGGCUGCCAGCGCGUGACUGGAGAGAUGGCUCAGCAGUGACGAGCACUGGCUGCUUUUGAGGAGGACCACACGGCAGCUAUCUGACAUCUUCACGGUGCCCGGAUGUAUGUGAAGGCAAGGU